UUGAGAACGACAACACACCGCACUACACGUCACGGGGAAGACACUGCUGUCCACGGCAAGCCUAGGGGGAACUGAAACCUCAAGAGGUUUGUCUUUGUCUUUCUCUAACUGGAGCCGUGAAAAGAGGUCUUCGACGGCUACCAAAAAGGACGGAGUGAGGAGUAGAUAGAUCCGGGAUCGCGUCCUUCAUUUGAACAUUAAUCUCUGCAAUUCUAAGUUUGCGGGAAAGCUGUCUCGGCGACAACAACUGACCACAGCGAGCUUCAUCGGACAGACGGCCACACGCGGAGAGCAGGUGGGAGGAAGUGGAGAGGGAGGGUGAGGGACGAUUCAUCUCGAAGAGAGAAACACACGGUAGCAGCAGUAGCAGCGGCAGCAGCAGCAUUAGCAGCAGCAGCAACUAUGCUUUUCAGCAGAAGAAGAGCGGCGGCAGUAGGGCUGGUAGCAGCAGCGGCAGCAGCUGGGCUGGCCACCCUCGGCGAGGCGUGCGACUACACGCUCGAAGCAAAGGCCUCGCUACGCUUCAACAUCGAGACCGACCGCCUCUACCUGGAGGGCGGCGGGUGCAUCACGCCCUCCGACAUCUACCUGGCGAAGCUCACCAACGUGACGGAGGACGACGGGAACACCCUCACGGCAGAGGAAGCGGCGGCGAUACCUAUCACGCCCAUCACAAAGGACGGAGAAUUUUCGGACGCAGAGACAGGCUACUGGCUCUUCACCUCGGAUGUCUACAUCUACGAUGGGGUCAAGCUCGAACUCCAUGCCGAGUCGGGCACAACGGGGAUGAGGCUAAAGUCGGACUCCAAGGUCAUUGAGCUCAGGGCGCACGGCGGGUGGUUGUCUCUGCUGAACACCGAGCUGUCGUCAUGGGAUGUGGACGAGGCGGACUACGCCUCGAACUACUCAGCGCCCCGGUCUUAUGUUACGGCCAUCAGCGAGGUGCUGGACAGCCCCCCACAGACUUGCGUCGGCCACGCCAAAAAUGACGCGGGAGAGGCGCGAUUCGACAUCAUAAACAGCGAGGUCCACCACUUGGGGCACUACGGCACGGAGGCGUACGGCAUCACGUGGAAGGUGCGAGGGUUCUGCGUAGACUUGUCGAACGAAGACCUCUUCGACAGAGUCAACGUUCGCGGAGACAUCCGUUUCUCGGAUAUCCACCACAACUACUUCGGAAUGUACACGUACGGGCACCAGGACGGGCUCUGGGAGUAUAACCUCAUGCACGAAAACGCCAAAUACGGCUUCGACCCCCACGACGACUCGGACAACCUGAGAAUCCACAACAACAUCGUGUGGGACAACGGGGACCACGGUAUCAUCGCUUCGAAGCGGUGUAACGACGUCUCUAUCCAGAACAACGUAGUGUACGACAACGCCAACGCUGGCAUCAUGCUCCACCGCUCCAGCGACCACGCCAUCGUUCGAAACAACACGGUGUCGGGCAGCGGCGACGCUUGCAUCGCCAUAUUCGAGUCCAUGGAGGGUGACUACAGCAACAACAAGUGCACCGACAACAAGUACGGCUUCCGCUGGUCCGUGGGGGCCUCGCACAACAAGAUCUACGACAACGAGGUCUACGAUAGCCAGCAGUACGGGAUUUACAUGUACGAGGGAAGCGACCUGCCCUACGUCUCAGAUGGGCUUCCCUCCUACAACAUCAUCGCGAACAACAUCAUCGAUACCGCCACCGAAGGAAUCAAGAUGGGCGACACCGUGGGCAACGAGUUCACGGGCAACGUGAUCACAAACACGGCCGACCUGCGCUUCCGUAACUCCUCCGAGGUCAUCUGGAAGGACAACGACAUCCCAGCGGGGGUUGACAUCGACUCGGAAGGUUCUUGCUUCACCUCCGACUCCGACAUUGUCCAGCUCGGGGAGGAGGCUAUAGUCUGCUAAAGAAUCCCCGAAACGUCGCCGGAUCAUGGAAAAUGGGAACACAACCCUCAAGAGUAGAGUUUGGCGACUACCCAAAGCAUUGCGGAAUAGAGUUUUAUUGUUCCAGGCGUGCGCUUAACGGGCGACAACAUCGUCUGGGUUUUUUGACGUGAGGCCGCCAUGUUGGUGGUGGCACCAGCAGCGUGCAAUAGGCUGAACCACUGUAGCAUAGUACCCUUACUCGUAUUGGUUAACGUGUGGAGGGUGGGGGUGGGGGUUCGUCGGUCCUUGGCUUCCGGGCGGGCGUUGUCUUGUGGUAGUGAAAUCUCCGUCGUUGUCUCUCAUCCCCGUGCCAUCUCGUGACACUCCUUGAUUGAUUGCAUCAGUUUCAUGUUGCAAUGAAAAUGUAACCGCGGGGGUGUUUUCUUUCGACCUAGAGGCAGAGACGCCUGAGACGCGCAGAAUGGAGCAGAAAUCUCAUUUGGAGGGUGAAGGGAAGGGGGGAGGGGGGGGGGCAGUAGUGAGGGCACUCUCGUUGGGAGCGACGAAUGUUUUGGGGGUAGGUUGGUGGGUUGGAAUAUUGUGAUCUUUCUGACCAAGUUUUGCGACCUUAUCGCGGGGGUAUCCUUGAGGUGGACGUCCUGCUUUGGCUACACGCACACAAACCAAUCCCUUCGGGCCUCCUGCUGUGAAGCGAGAAUAGCUAUGGCUGUUGCCGACUUGUGUGUGCACGCGUGUUUUGUUGGCGUAGACUACCUUGGGGGGAGACAGAGGGGCGUUGUGGGCCAGGCAGAGGAGAGUGAGAGACAUCGUACUCUUAUCUUGACACAUUCGUUCGUAGUAUGGGGGGCCCGUUCAUGUGUUGUACGUGUAAUAUAUAAGCAUGACGGGGUCUUAGUAUAAGGUGGUAGCAUUCUCCCUCGUGUAAUUUCCGAUAUCUGUGAGAGAAGAAGGAGAGCUCUUGGUGCUCAUCGGCUUGCCUGUUAUAUGCUGUAAGAAGCUUGUUUGCGUUUGUUUGUCGUUUUUGUCGCCUUUGUUUUUCCAUUUCCCCCCAUUCUGUUGUCUCGAUAAAUAUGUUGCUGGUGACGUUGGUGAAAAUCAGAGAAAAAAUCAAUAUUUUAUUCUGGCGGGCCACCAAGAUGUGCGGCUGCAACCCACGACGCAGUGUGGAUGAUGCAAUAGUCUUGGGGGUGUGGUUCAAUUGGAAAUUUUCGAGCAUGCAAUCGGAGAUGAAAAAUAUAGGUGGUUGUGCGAAAUACGGAGGGUUUUGGCCUUGCGCGCUCUUCUUUCCCUUUUUAGACGUGGACUGGUAUUGAUUUACGGCGCGUCGUUCCGUGUCGGUGUCGCUUUGCGUCUGUCCGCAUUUCUUCCAUGAUGCUUGUCAAGAAGGUUGGGUGGUGCGGCGGUAGUCCUGAUGUCGAAGGACAAGGCACGUCGUACGCGCGCACCAUGUAGUGGAAAUUUUGCCUGUCUUCGUUUUCUUCCAAGUACGCCCCUCGUUUUUUCCCUGUCGGCUCUGGGUUGAUGCCAUGUAGACUAGUCAAAAUGAGCAUUCAUGUAUCUAUGAAGAAGCUUUUACCCCGGCAUUUGCCUUUCGAGAACCUUAGUUCUGACACUGACGACGGGGCAGAGCUGACUGCCACACUGUUGUACCCCCAAGACAGAACCUUUUCAUGUCUCACAGCAUGCGUUGCCACGAAAAGUUC